UAGUCUGGAUUUCUUCUUUCGGUGGUUGUUUGACAGAGAAUCUGCAGAAUCUAAAAUCAGAUUAGAGUGUGUCUUCCUGCCAGAUCAAGGAGCCUUCUUUGUGAAUUAUGUGAUAGCAUCAGCUUUCAUUGGUAAUGGAAUGGAGCUACUGCGUUUACCAGGCCUCAUCCUUUAUACUUUUCGCAUGAUGUUGGCCAAAUCAACUGCUGAGAGAAAAAAUAUCAGGCAGCAACAAGCAUUUCAAUAUGAAUUUGGAGCAAUGUACGCCUGGAUGCUAUGUGUGUUCACAGUCAUUAUGGCCUACAGCAUCACAUGUCCCAUUAUUGUCCCAUUUGGAUUAAUAUACAUGCUCAUGAAGCAUACAGUUGACCGCCACAAUCUGUAUUUUGUAUACCUCCCUGCUAAACUAGAGAGGCAGAUCCACUUUGCAGCUGUGAGUCAGGCCAAUGCAGCUCCAAUUCUCUGCCUGUUUUGGCUGCAUUUUUUCUCUUUUUUGAGACUGGGUUUUAGAGCACCUACAACUGUAUUUACAUUCCUAGUUGUCAGUGCAGCAAUUAUUAUUUGCUUAGUUUCUGCUUGUUAUGCCUGCCUGAAAUACCUGAGCCCCCUCAAUUACAAGCUAGAAGACUCAGCCGUUGAAAAAGGAAGUGAAACAGAUUUAGCAACUGGAAACGUUUCUAUAUAUCUCCCCCAUGUUCUGGUUCCCAGUUCUACUGAAAGGGCAAAUCUGUUGCAUCUGGGGAGGCUGAACUAUGGUGCCAUGGGAAAUACGACCCCAAAGGUAGAAGGCGGCCAAGUCCCUUUAUGUGAGGAAACAGUCAUUGGAUAAUGCAGUUCAAAGGCAGAAGAAGAUCGUGAUCCCUCUUAUUCUGAGGAAAGGGUCAUUGGAGAAACAAAGAAGUGUGUGUUUCAGUGUCAUGGACUAACACAAGAUGGCACCCUUGGCCCUGAUUCAGAAGAAAAGAUUCCAUUGAAAGGUUAAUUUCCCAGUCUUUUCUCUCAGGAGUAGGUGUAAUAGGAAUAUUCAAGAAGGGCUCAGUUGCAGUGCUGAUUUUACAAAGUUGCCACACAAGACUCUUCGCUUUUUAAGUCUUCACAAAAAUUGUGGCAUAGGCAUAUGGAACAAAAGUGCUCAGAGACGUUGCUUUGGGUUUUUUGUCUGUUUGCCUUUGUGAAGAGAUUUGGCUAAAUGCUUUGAUCUUAGAUCACUGGAGCCAAAAGAGUUAUCAAAACACAGCACCUGUCUUGUUUAUUUUGAAAUUAUGCCCCUGACUUUUAACCAGGCCUUGGUUGUCUGCCAUACAUUUGAUUAAGCCCAAAGGCAACAUCUUCUAUAUAUAAACAAACAUAGGGAAAACUAAGAAAAUGUAGUCUGGAGGAUAUAGUCCAGUGUUCUGCCAUCUCCUCAUAUUAGCAAGGUAGGUUGGAGCAUUUGUCUUUCUUUAAAAGGGGGGGUGGUGGUUCCUGUAAGGAGAUGCCAUAACUUGAGCACUUAGUGCGAGAAAGUAUUUAUUCGUGAACUUUUAAGUAUGGAUUGCAUUUGUUAAUUUUCUGGUCACUAUUUUAAGGACCUCACACACAGGGAAGUUUACUUAACAAGCAAUAAAUAAUGUAAUUUUUAAAUCAUUUUUAAUCUCUCUGGUUAUAAAAAUAAACGUCUGCGUUAAGUGCCAAGAGUAUCACAAAUAUAUGAAGUGUUAGACUGUUUUUAAAUUAUGAAGUAGGUAUAAAUUUCUGCAAGAGCUGUGUUAAU